UGCAGGCGAAGCGAGAAGUGUCGACGGGAGCUGGCGGGAGAAGGACUCAACGACGCUGAUAUUCAGCUUUGAGACGAGUGGUCAAAAUGACAAAAGCAGCAGCCACACUAAUUUCAAGGUUUGAAACACCAUUGUUUUUGAAAUUGGUGCUGGGGCUAUUCUGGUGGAUGAUCCAUCUAUUUUUGAGUAUCCAUCAAUUAGUUUCUCAUUUACUGCAAGUUAUAGAAUCUUACAUUAUCUCAAUUGGAUUACUAGAAAGUUAUCGGCAUUUCCAGCUUGAUAAGCUUAGGUGCCUGGCAGUUGUGGUAGAUAGUAAAGAAGCUAGAAACACUCAAAAGAUCAAAAAGUUGUUGAGAUGGUUGUCAGAUACUGGAUUGAAUUAUGUAAUACUAUACGACAUGGAAGGUAAACACUGUUAUCCUUUAAGGGGUGCUAAAGAAAUCUCUGGAUGGAGAUUUAAGCGAGUUUACAAGUUGCUGCAUAAAGAUAGAAUGGUUAUAGAACUUCUUUCUUUCAACGAUAACGAAGGAAUUGCCAAAGCAGCUAGCUUUUUAUGCACCAAGUAUCUGGAGGAACAACUUGCAAGCAGCAACAAAAUGGAUCCCAGUAUUACAGAAACUGAAAUGUUCGAUGCUCUUAAUGCUGUCGGUUGUGGUGGACCGGAGCCAAAUCUCCUUCUCGUGUUUGGACCUGUAAGAUGCCAUUUAGGAUUCCCUGCUUGGAGACUGCGCUACACUGAGAUAGUGCAUAUGGGGUCACUAAAAUCCAUGAAAUAUGGAGCCAUUUUGAAAGCUUUAUGCGAGUUUUCAAAGAAGCAUCAGAACUAUGGAACCUGAAAUUGAGAACGCUUACUGCAGCAACAAGUUCUGAGGAAUAGGAAUAAAACAACAAUUCUUACAGGUACUGUCUCCAAAUUGUCCAACUGAUGCGUGCAAUAUGAUCAGAUCCUUCAUAGUUCACAGAAGUCUUUCACAUUCUAUUUCUUAAAUGAACUGUAAGAAUGAAGUUCUAAAUAAACUCAGGUUUCAGUUAUUUUCGAGGCGUUUAUUUUCUUGUAUUUUGUUUUCGAUUUCCAUGAACAAUGUGAUUAUCUUGCACAAUUAAAUUCUAGUUUCUAUGUA